GCGUCGAUAGGCGAACAUGCGCAGUCACGUCUCUCCUUUCCUCAUCAAGUUAUCCUCGUGGUAGGAAUCCGAAGAUUUCUUGAUGCCUUUAUAGCACAAAAAGGCCCAAAAACCAACAUUUGAGUCCUGAUAACACACGGAUUUGUCAAAAUGAACCAAGAAAAAUUGGCUAAACUCCAGAAGGAAGUGAGAAUAGGAGGAAAGGGAACGGCAAGGAGAAAAAAGAAGGUCCUGCACAGGACAGCCACCACAGAUGAUAAAAAGCUGCAGAACACUCUCAAGAAGUUGUCUGUCAAUCCCAUCCCUGGUAUUGAGGAGGUGAAUAUGAUCAAAGAGGAUGGCACAGUUAUCCACUUCAACAACCCUAAAGUGCAAGCCUCUCUGGGAGCUAACACAUUUGCUGUGAAUGGUCAUGCAGAGACCAAGUCUAUCACUGAAAUGCUGCCUGGAAUCCUGAAUCAGUUGGGAGGUGACAGUUUGACUAACUUGCAGAGACUGGCUGAGAAAUUCCCACCACCGGAGAUGGGAUCAGGGGCUGUCAAUGCCGAGGAUGAGGAUGAUGAAGUGCCUGAACUUGUUGAGAAUUUUGAUGAGCCCUCUAAGACUGAAGGAGUUGAGAAGACAGAAACUGUUGCAGAGGCAUUAUAAACUGCACUUCUGCAUCAUCACUACAGUCUACUACUGUCUGCUACUACUACACAGGCCAUUCUGAACACUGUGUAUCACUUAUAACCCAGUUUUUCAAGGACACAAGCCGUCCAUAUAUAUGUAAUAAUGGUUGCAGAGCUUUUAUUGAGUUUAGUACAACAGUAAAGCAGUAAAGUUGUGAAUAAUUGCAGCUGUACAUUAAUUUGUAGUCUUUAGGUAAACCUUUCCCAACCUGUAACCAUUGUUGCAUAGAAUGUGUACAUGACUCAAGCAACUACAAUUUGAGGCCUGUCAAUAAAAAUAUGAAUAAGGUAAAAA